AUGUUCCUCUUAUACGCUGCCCUGGCUUCAAUGGUAAUUGAGCAGAAGAACGGCUUUUCCCCUGUGUUUGCUCUCCCAGCAAAGACCAAUAGCUACGUCCAUCCACGAACGCUGAGAUGUAUGUGCGGAAAGGUGCCCAAUCAAGUAUCCGUAUUCCUUCAAGCUCCCGCGAAUCCCUUACUCGUGCUUCCGGAGAUCCUCGCAUCAAUAGCAGGCAUUAAGUACGCAUAUAUGAAGGCAUCCAAGUUGAAGAAAUCGCUGAUCAUGGCCGUAUAUCUAUCGACCGUGUCUGUGGGAGCCAUAAUCGCAGUGGCGUUCUCGCUGUUGACGGUGGAUCCGAGAUUGAUCUGGAUGUAUUAUAUCACUCUUUGGAUUGAAACACUCGCAGCCGGUGCAGUGCUACAUUGUCGAUCCUCCGUUGAUUUCCGAGGUGUAGAAAGUUGCUAA